GGGCAGGACCCGGAAGUGAGGGCUACGAGGCCUCUCUGGAAGUUGUCCCGGGUGUUUGCAGCUGGAGCUCCGGGUCGAUAGGACGAGGUACAGCUGCCAGGAGGAUCAUCGGCUGCUGCUGGCUCCCGGAGCCCAGCCCUUUCCUCUCCUAGCCCAGCCCAGCCCAAUUCCAGCCACCAACGCCUGCCCCUGCUGUGGACUCCAGCGUUACCAUGAAUCCUGCGGUCUUCCUAUCUUUAUCCGACCUCAGAUGCUCCCUGCUGCUCCUGGUAACUUGGGUUUUUACUCCUGUAACAACUGAAAUAACAAGUCUUGAUACAGAAAAUAUAGAUGAAAUUUUAAACAAUGCUGAUGUUGCUUUAGUAAAUUUUUAUGCUGACUGGUGUCGUUUCAGCCAGAUGUUGCAUCCAAUUUUUGAGGAAGCUUCUGAUGUUAUUAAGGAAGAAUAUCCAAAUCAAAAUCAAGUAGUGUUUGCCAGAGUUGAUUGUGAUCAGCACUCUGAUAUAGCCCAGAGAUACAGGAUAAGCAAAUACCCAACCCUCAAAUUGUUUCGUAAUGGGAUGAUGAUGAAGAGAGAAUACAGGGGUCAGCGAUCAGUGAAAGCACUUGCAGAUUACAUCAGGCAACAAAAAAGUGAUCCCGUUCAAGAAAUGCUGAACUUAGAAGAAAUCACUACUCUUGAUCGCAGCAAAAGAAAUAUCAUUGGAUUUUUUGAGCAAAAAGAUUCAGCCAACUAUAAAGUUUUUGAAAGGGUAGCAAGUAUUUUGCACGAUGAUUGUGCCUUCCUGUCUGCAUUUGGGGAUGUUUCAAAACCAGAACGAUAUAGUGGAGACAGCAUAAUCUACAAGCCGCCAGGGCGUUCUGCUCCGGAUAUGGUGUACUUGGGGUCUAUGACAAAUUUCGACUUGACUUACAAUUGGAUUCAGGAUAAAUGUGUUCCUCUUGUCCGUGAAAUAACAUUUGAAAAUGGAGAGGAGUUGACAGAAGAAGGACUGCCUUUUCUCAUACUCUUCCACAUGAAAGAGGAUACAGAGAGUUUGGAAAUAUUCCAAAAUGAAGUUGCCCGGCAAUUAAUAAGUGAAAAAGGUACAAUAAACUUUUUACAUGCAGAUUGUGACAAAUUUAGACAUCCUCUUCUGCAUAUACAGAAAACUCCAGCAGAUUGCCCUGUUAUAGCCAUUGACAGCUUUAGGCACAUGUAUGUUUUUGGAGACUUCAAUGAUGUAUUAAUUCCAGGCAAACUGAAGCAAUUUGUAUUUGACUUACAUUCUGGAAAACUCCACAGAGAAUUUCAUCAUGGACCUGACCCGACGGAUACAGCCCCAGGAGAGCAAACCCAAGAUGUAGCAAGCAGUCCGCCGGAGAGCUCCUUCCAGAAACUAGCACCCAGUGAAUAUAGGUACACUUUAUUGAGGGAUCGAGAUGAGCUUUAAAAACUUGAAAACCAGUUUGCAAGCCUUUCAACAGCAGCAUCAACUUACAUGGUGGAAAUAGUAGACCUAUAUUUUCAUAAUUCUAUGUGUAUUUUUAUUUUGAAUAAACUGAAAGAAGUUUUGGGUUUUUAAUUUUUUUCUCCCCCUGACUCAAAAUGCAUUGUCAUUUAACAUAGCCUCUUUUAAAAAUCUAGUAGGGUUCCAAGAAAGAAAUAAAAACCAGAGGCCUAUUUUUGUUUUGAAUUGUCCUGAAAAUGUUUAUAAAUGAAGUGAAAGGUGACAUUGCCAGAAACAUACCAUUAACUUGCACUACGAGGGUAGGGAGGACUUAGGGGAUGUUUCCUGUGUAGUCUGUGCUUUUCUUUCUUUUCUUAUGAUCAGUUCUGUUGGUAUUCUCAUUAUCAUAUUUCUGAAAGCUAAGGAUACUUGGGAGGGGAAUAAAUUAAAAUUUUCACACUGUG